UCCGGAGUGCGGUGGGCAGUGCACAACUCCUCAUGUCUCAAAAAUUCCAGCAGUUCUACUGGCUGUGUCAACAGAACCUGGACCCCAGUGCCAUGCCCCGCCCCACCUCUCAGGACCUGGCCGGAUUCUGGGACUUGCUGCAGCUCUCAAUUGACGACGUCACUGCUAAAUUUAAUGAACUGCAGCAGAUCAAGAGCAAUGAGUGGAGGCUCGUGGAGACCCCAGAGAAGAAGACACCAUUACAGGAGAGGAAGUGGCCUCCCCCGCUGCAAAAGAGACCUCCGAAGGGGCGUGGCGGCGUGGUGCGGGAGCGCUCUCUGGACCUGCAGGACCGCCAGCGUCAGGAGGCCCGGCGCCGUCUUCUGGCUGCCAAGCGGGCGGCUUCCUUCAGACAGAACUCAGCCACGGAGCGGGCGGACAGCAUCGAGAUCUACAUCCCCGAGGCCCAGACCCGUCUUUGAGGUUCAAGGAUUUACCCCCCCCUAGCCCAGCCCUACCCCUGUUUUGCCCAUAUCCGCCCCCAUACCUCAGCCCCAGCCAGUGGGUGUAACCCAGACCCCUUCCUCUCUCCUUCUUAUCUGUGCAAAUGUCUCUCACUCCACACUGUUUUUUCUCCACCUGUUCUGGUGUCCUCUCCCCUUUAAGAUGGAGGGAAUAUUCCCCACUCCACUACAAUGAGCUGCUAGUACACCCUCCCCUUUAACCGAACUGAUCCACCAUCACAAUUAUAUUUGGGUAAAUACAAGCAAAUCAAUUAUUUUCUAUACUGUAACAAAUGUUGUUGUUGGAAAUGUACUUCCCCCUAAGAGCUUUUGCAUUGCCAUCAUGUAUUAUUAUAAGCCUCUGGGUAAAGUUAAGGGGGAUGUCAGUAUUUUUCCACAGUGUUCAAAGGGAAUCACAAAGUGCAACUUUUUUAUGGAGAAUCUCACCAGCAACAGUGGUCUUGGGCUAAAACACCCUGUGUGGAGACUACUGCAUCCCAGUGGUAGCACAGAGGUGGUGAUGACUCACUGUCAAGACAGAUGUCUGAAAAUCUCUCCCCAUGUUGGUGGGUUGACAGCAUAAGUGGGGGGGGGGUAUAUGUGAUUGAUCAACACCUGCUAUUGAAAUACCUCAGUCUUGCAGGUAAACACCAUAGACAUAGAAUUCUAAUCUAAGUCUAUUCUAUUUCUAUGGUAAAGACAGAGAAGUCAUCAUAUCUUAAAUGGUUGCACUCGCACAGCAUGCUGGGUGGGUAUAGUAAUUAUUUUGUUAUUCUAGGGACGUACUCACACAACUUUUUACCAGGCUAGCUACUGCAGCCCCUGACUAACGUCACCCCACUUUAUACCAGGCUAGCUACUGCAGCCACUGACUAACAUCACCCCACUUUAUACCAGGCUAGCUACUGCAGCCACUGACUAACAUCACACCACUUUAUACCAGGCUAGCUACUGCAGCCCCUGACUGACGUCACCCCACUACCAGGCUAUCUGCAGCCACUGACUAACAUCACACCACUUGAUACCAGGCUAGCUACUGCAGCCACUGACAAAUAUUACCAGGCUAGCUACUGCAGCCACUGACUAACGUCACCCCACUACCAGGCUAGCUACUGCAGCCACUGACUAACGUCACCCCACUACCAGGCUAGCUACUGCAGCCCCUGACUAACGUCACCCCACUACCAGGCUAGCUACUGCAGCCCCUGACUAACGUCACCCCACUUUAUACCAGGCUAGCUACUACAGCCACUGACUAACAUCACACCACUUUAUACCAGGCUAGCUACUGCAGCCCCUGACUGACGUCACCCCACUACCAGACUAUCUGCAGCCACUGACUAACAUCACACCACUUGAUACCAGGCUAGCUACUGCAGCCACUGACAAAAUGUUACCAGGCUAGCUACUGCAGCCACUGACAAAUGUUACCAGGCUAGCUACUGCAGCCCCUGACUAACAUCACCCCACUUUUUACCAGGCUAGCUACUGCAGCCCCUGACUAACAUCACACCACUUUAUACCAGGCUAGCUACUGCAGCCACUGACUAACAUCACACCACUUUAUACCAGGCUAGCUACUGCAGCCCCUGACUAACGUCACCCCACUUUUUACCAGGCUAGCUACUGCAGCCACUGACUAACAUCACACCACUUUAUACCAGGCUAGCUACUGCAGCCCCUGACUAACGUCACCCCACUACCAGACUAUCUGCAGCCACUAACUAACAUCACACCACUUUAGACCAGGCUAGCUACUGCAGCCACUGACUAACAUCACCCCACUUUAUACCAGGCUAGCUACUGCAGCCACUGACUAACAUCACACCACUUUAUACCAGGCUAGCUACUGCAGCCACGGACAAAUAUUACCAGGCUAGCUACUGCAGCCACUGACUAACAUCACACCACUUUAUACCAGGCUAGCUACUGCAGCCCCUGACUAAGGUCACCCCACUACCAGACUAUCUGCAGCCACUGACUAACAUCACCCCACUUUAUACCAGGCUAGCUACUGCAGCCACUGACUAA